AUGGCUUCAGGACCAAAUUUUCACGGAGUCUGUGAUCAGUGUACUCCUUCUCAACAAAGCUGUAUCUUUUCUACUGCUCCUAGUAAUCCAAAUGGCCAUUGGAGAUGUAACAGCUGCAGAUUUUUUGGUUUUCAUUGUGACUAUCCUGAAACCAUUCUUGAACCAACCUCUCCUCCAGCUAUUCCAACUACUCCAACUCCAGAUCAACAACUUCCACUUGUGCCUUCUUCUCCUUAUGAUCAAGACUGGAGUCAUUUAAUAGGAUUAGUUCCUGAAUAUCAAUCACCAGCUUCACCUCCACCUCCUUCCAUAGCUGCUCAAUCUGUUGAAACUAUUUAUCCCACUGAUGAUCCAAUCUUUACUAAUAUUUUUGAUUACAACUUGGAUUGGAAAAAUGAUCAUGCUACUGAAUUAGCUUGGACUGUUUGGCGUCACUUUGAUAAUGCUAUGAGAAUCAUAAAAGAUACUGGUUAUGAAAUCCCUAACUUAGCUAAUAAUUCUUAUAAUUUAAGUAGAGACAUUGUAAUUGAUGAUUAUGUUGCUAGAAAUACUAGUACUGGCAAUACUCCUCCUACCCUCAGUUCCUUUAUUCCUUUCCCUCAUCAUGCUGAAAGAGCUAAUGCUGAAUAUGUUCCCCCUAUUAAUUCUCCUCAAUCUGAUAUUUCUGAACCCUCUGAUCCUUCAUCUUCUAAUCCUUCUGUUGGUCCUCCUAACACUGAUUUACCUAAUUUCCUUGAUCCUUCAUUAAAAUAA